UAAUAUUUAGUCACCGGUUUUUUAACUCGGGGUGGGUGUUUUUUCCUUCGAAAACAUCGAAAAAUCCUCCGUGAUAUUUUUCGUAAGGUAAAAAACGUCGCGAAACUGUUAAAACUCCGCUUUUCGAUAAGUAAACAAAGUACGUUCUGCAGUGUUUUUUAAGGAACAGUAUUUAUUUUUUGUGUGUUGAGUGCUUAAAUAAGUUUGUGGUUCAGUUUGGAUAUGUGAUUAUUUCUAAAUCGGCUGGAGGGAAUUUUUAACGAAAAGAUGAACUCGGAUGUUUCGGUGCAGAACGGCUCAUUGGUACAAGACCCGAAAAAAAUGAAGAACGGCACCACGUCCUCCUCCUCCGAGGAGGACAGCGACAACGGUGUCGACAGCAUCCACUACAACACGGUAUCGUCGAUAAACGAGCUGCUGCCCCUUCAGCAGGAGAGCAGCUCGUUUUUCAGCCGCUACUUCCAAAACCACAGCAACAGUCUUCCGUCUCGGUUGAUGGUAAACGCGCGAAGGCUGUCGCAGUGUAGAGAGGAGGACGAGGAGGAGGAGAAAAAAGAAGUGCCUUCGAAAACCUUAUCGGCCAUCACCGGAAGCGACAUAAGUCUCAGCGGUGCUUCAUCAAACGGAUCCAAAACCUCUGUGAUUGAUACCGUGAACGGUCCGACUCACAAGUUCGUGAUCACGAAGACCAAAGAGGAUGCCGACAAUGUCAGUGUCGCCGAGAAGAAAGAGAAGAAAAAGGUCACCUCCGAAGCUGCGAAAAUUUUCGCCAGUAGAAAGCAGUACCGGCAAGCUAACACCGUUCACGGGGUUCCUUCGCUCGGUUCUAACAGACCCUCUGUGUACUCGGUUUUUAACAGGUCGCCCCUCGUAAGCCCGCACAAAGACUCGCGAUUUUUCGAUUCCUCCUUGGUCGAAAUGAAGAGCCAGACUUCCAGUAGUUCCACCAUCGAUCAGGCUGGCAGUGCGGAGGACAUAUGGGUGAAAAGAUCGGAAAAAGAGUCCAAAAAGGAACUCGGUUCUCAGCCCUUGCCCACGACAAGCACCAGCGACGAUGCGGAGAUUCCGCGGCCGCGGUCCGGCACUUGGGGCAGCAAGUCCGACUCGAAGAAGUCGAAGACGGACGGCGGAAGAUCCUCGAAGCAGUCGAAGCACGAGUCGAAGAAGAGCAAGAAGGAGAGGAACGGCGGGACGCGAAGCGGCUCGACGUCGCGCUCGAGCUCGGCCGAGCGGCGCAAGUCCGACGACGUGCAGAGCCCGAAGAAGGCGGGAAUGCUCGACGCGUUCCGCAGCAGGUCGAACUCUGACGCGAGCAAGAAGAAGGGCAGCGCCUUCAUGGCCAGCAUGAAGAGCGCCAUGUUGCACACUGGAUUCAUGCACGCGAAACCUAAGGCGCCCAGGGACGGCUCGGCCCAUCCUGUGAGAGACGGAAGUUCGGACACCCAGUACUACCACACUGUAACGGCAGCCUCCUCUAACCGCAGCCCCAUCACCAAGGUGAUGGACAUCUUCAGGGCGAGACCGCACGCUAGCGUUCCGCCGGAGGAUCGCAGAAAGAAAGCUCAACAGUUUGGUGGGGCACAUAUAAGAAAUCGGUCCCUUGACCCUGAAAGACGACGCCAAUCCUUGGGGACGAUCCUGCCGCACAGAGCUUCCGACGCCUUCCUUGAUCCCCAUCAUGCCGCUAUCUUGUUUAGAGACUCCAGGGGGCUUCCUAUGGUCGAUCCUUUCUUGGAAAAAGUUAAUAUUUCUGACUUGGAAGAGGAUGAGUCUCAAAUAUUCGUUAAAUUCUUCAAGUUCCACAAAUGCUAUGAUCUCAUCCCGACCUCAGCUAAAUUGGUGGUGUUUGACACGCAGUUAUUGGUCAAGAAGGCCUUUUUUGCACUAGUUUAUAACGGGGUCAGAGCGGCCCCGCUGUGGGACAGCACCAAGCAGGAAUUCGUCGGUAUGUUGACCAUCACUGACUUCAUCAAGAUCCUGCGCAUGUACUACAAGUCGCCUAGCGUGGCUAUGGAGGAGCUCGAGGAGCACAAGCUGGACGCUUGGAGGCAGGUCCUCAAGGACAAGAAGCCGCUUAUCAACAUCAACCCGGACGCUUCGCUCUUCGAGGCGAUCAAAACUUUGGUCACGAACAGGAUUCACAGGUUGCCGGUGAUCGAUCCCGAUACCGGCAACGUGCUCUACAUCCUGACACACAAAAGGAUACUGAGGUUCCUCUUCUUGUAUAUAAACGAAUUACCAAAACCUAGUUACAUGCAUAAAACUCUGCGCGAGGUUAAGAUAGGAACGUACGACGAUAUCGAAACGGCUUCCGAGGACACCUCGAUAAUUUUAGCGCUGAAAAAGUUCGUGGAAAGGCGGGUGUCAGCUCUGCCCAUUGUAGAUCUAGAGGGCAGAUUGGUGGACAUCUACGCAAAAUUUGAUGUCAUAAAUUUGGCUGCAGAAAAAACCUACAACGACCUGGACGUAUCGUUGAAAAAAGCCAAUGAACAUAGGAAUGAAUGGUUUGAAGGUGUACAUAAAUGUAAAUUGGAUGAGACGUUAUUUGCUAUAAUGGAAAAAAUAGUGCGAGCAGAGGUUCACAGAUUGGUUGUCGUGGACGAUGAUGAUAAAGUGAUAGGUAUAAUUUCAUUGUCUGAUCUUUUGUUGUACUUGGUACUGAGGCCGUGUGGCGAAGAUCAGUCACCAGAGGGCGUUGCGUCUGUAAGAGCUCAGGACCUCGAGUUGCAAAGGAGCCUUUCGGCGUCUGGUAGAAACUCCUCUGCUGAGGACAUCUCGCAGGCAAUCCCUGAGGAAGAAGAGCACGAACGCGCCGAAGAAGAAGAAGAAGAAGAGGCGAAAAAAGACGACGACGAAAAGGAGGAGUCGGAGGGGAGCAUGCCGGAAUCCCCUCUGAUGGAGAACUCCAUGUUCCGGGAGGUGGCCGUCAGUAGCGACGCAAAGCAAAUCCACAUCACCGGUUAGUUAAUUUUUUUUACUGUAAAGAUUGAUGCGGGUUUCGUGUAUUUUAAAGAAAAAAAAACAUUCUAAACUUACCAUGCUGGAUUGUUUCUUUGAUUUUAUGGCAUUAUGCGGGCUAUAAUUUAAAUAAUGGAGUUUAACGCCACCUGGAGGAUUUGUUUGAAAAAGUAAGUAAUCGAGUUUAUUACUUAAUACACUGACUCACAAUUUUCACAAAACAAACAAAACAUUAUUUCAAUUAUACUCUGUAUGUUCAAAUUAGGCACAGUAGUAUUUAUUACGACCUUAUCUAGUCAUUUUUAGUUUUUUCCUUGAUUUUUAUUUCUAAUAUAAAAAAUAUAACAAAUUAACAACGCAAUGCAAUACCAGGAAACGCUACACCAAAAUUAAGAAAAGUAAACUAAAAAAAUCCGGAUAUUUUUAUACUUUAGCGCUGUUGUUGUGCUUACAAGUAGAGGAAAAAAUGUAAAAUAUGUAUAUAGUGUGUUGAGACUAAAUGGAAAAUGUUACGGUGCCAUAAAGAUUUUAAGAGUGGGUUUGAUGGGAUAUUAAGGAAUUUAUACUUUUAUAUGUAAAGUGGAGAGGGUCGAAUUUACGCUUUUUUCGAAAUUAAUUUGGUAAUGGAAAAAAUAUUAUUCUUCAAGGUGAAAAAAUUGUUUUUGGUCUAAUAAUAAUAAUAAUAUUAAAAACAGUACAAGUCCAAAAGUUAAAAUUUUGUCAAAAUAUUUCAUAAAAUCAGUUUUAUAGUUCAAAAUGCAUUUUUGUGCUAGCCUAGAAUUUACCAAAAAAAAUUCUUUACUUAAAAUACGUAAAAUUUAGCAACAAUUUAAUUUUGGGAUAAAAUCGCGAUUAUCUACGAAAUCAAGAUAUUUACCUCAAAAUUGAUAGAAACCUUUUUUGAAGACAAUUGCAUUUCCUAACAGAUGGCGUAAAAUAAUUUGUUACUUGCAAUUAAAUCGGUGAGAUUAAAAACAGUACAAGUCCAAAAAUUUUGACAAAUUAUUUCAUAAAAUCAGUUUAAUAGUUCAAAAUGCAUUUUUCUGAGAAUAUUUCAACUAUUUUAUAAAAUAUAAUAACUACAUUUUGUAAAAUAAUUUAUAUAUUCUCUCAAACAUGCAUUUUAAACUUUUAAGUUGAUUUUAAAAAAUGAUAAAAAUAAAAAAAAAUUGUUCACAUAAUUUUUUUUUACCUCAAAAAAUAAUAUUUCUGUUAUUACCAAAUUUAUUUCGAAAAAGCGGAUAUUCGACCCACUGUAAUGUACAGCGUGUUUGCAAUUUACCCGAUAAAAGUAAAAUAAUGAACACUGUAUAUAAAAUUUUAUUUAGUUGGGGUUUUUAGUCAAGUUUAACUUUUCUUUAAAGCUUUUUAGAAGACAAAUUAAUUAAUUAACUAGCUUACCUAAUUAUUGGAAAAAUAUACAUUUUGCUAAAUUGAAAGACAAUGUUUUUUUUUAAUCCUUGACUUAAUGUUUUCUUUUGAACGUAAUUUUAAUUUUGGUAUCUCAUCAAGUGAUAUACAUUAUGUGUACUUAAUAAGUUAUACCAAAGACUGCUUUCUAAUUAAUAUAUGACACUUGCAAGAAACAAUUCAGUUGAAGAUUCUAUCUCAAUACAAGAUGUGCUUUAUUUAUUUAUAUUGUAUAUUAUAUACUGUUUAAAUGAUGUAUUAUGUUAAGUUGAUGCAACUGGGUUAAAUAAUACUUAUUAAAUUUAACCAUCAACACUUUGUUUACUAAAACUAAGUAUAUAGGGUGCUCCAAGUAUCUUUUCAUGUAAGGGGAUACUUUUUAUUUUAAGAGAUAUAAAGGUUCAAAGAAAUUGGAUGAAAAUGUAUAUAAAUGUGUUUCUCUUAUAUAAAGAACCUUUAAAUAAAAACAUAUUGAUACCCAUAGAAGGUGCACCCUGUAGAUUUAAAUUUAAAUGGUAAAUAGUUUUGUGAUGUGAAGAAUUUUAUUGCCCACUAAUUAUAGAAAUAAUCAACAAAAAGUUCUUAGCAAUGCGAUUUUCUAAUGCCUUAACACUCGCGCUUAGAGAACUUUCUGUUCAAAUUAUUUUCUUGUUGGCGGUCAUAAAUUGAACCAAAUUUUCUACAGAUUUUUAUGAAGAAUUACUUAUGUACUAUAAGCAACAGAUUAUGUUGUAUUCAGCAAAUCACUUUGUAGUUUGGUUUGUUGCAUGAAUUUUGGAAUGGCUGAGAAUGUGCAAAAAAGUGUAUCUUCAUCAGGUUAUAGAAUAUGCACAGUUAAUAAAUUUUAUAUUAAUUAUUAAUAAAUAUGUACAUAAUUUAGGUAUGUUUAUUAUUAAGCCAGUUGGAACUCAAAAUUGGUAAUUCAUAAUGUUAUUAAGGUAGUUUUAAGUUAUACAACGAUGUAGUUUUCAUAGUUGUAAGGCAUUGAUGGCCUAGUGUGAGUUUCAAAACUUUUAAUUAUUUAAGUAAAAAAUAUCUAGGU